GAGCAUUUCCCCCGGUGCCUGGCACGGGGACCCAGGUGUCGUGAGGCCUGAGACGAGCAUUCGCUGCAUUCGAGCAGCAGCACGGGCCGGAAGGAAGACGUACACACGCUCCAAAGUUCCUCCGGGAUCUGCCUGGCAGCCGCCUAAUUGGCACCAGGUCAUUGUGUUUGCAGAAGAGGGAGUAAUAAUUUGAACGUCUGAUUUGACCAAUUUCAGCAGAGGCCUUAGAAUGUGAAUUGCGGGGACAGGAGGGCCCCUGCAGGUGGUUCGGGAUCUGAGCUGCAUCGGUCUAAACACCCCGUUUCUGGGAGUCAUGGCCUGUGUUAACCUGUGGAUGUCUCAGGGCUCCCAGAGUGGCAGUGCUGACGGGUGGCAACAGCGCGUGAGGGUGCAGAAUGGCUGGGAAGAGGCCAUCGGGCUCAGGCAAGCAGUGCUGGCUGCUGGGGCUGCUGGUGGCCGUCGCCGCCGCCCACCUCGUCGCCUGUCCCUACGCCAAGGUGGAGGAGAGCUUCAGCUUGCAAGCUGUGCAUGACCUGCUGUACCAUCGGCUGGACGUGGAGAAGUAUGACCACCUGGAGUUCCCCGGCGUGGUCCCCAGGACGUUCCUCGGGCCGCUGGUGAUCGCGGCGCUGUCCGGCCCUGCGGUCUACGUGCUGUCACUGCUAGAAGUGUCCAAGUUCUACUCUCAGCUGACAGUCAGAGCGGUCCUCGGGCUCUGUGUGAUUUGGGGGCUCUGGACUUUACAAAAAGAAGUGAGACGGCAUUUUGGGGCCACGACGGCCACCAUGUUCUGCUGGAUGACGGCCACACAGUUCCACGUGAUGUUCUACUGCACGCGGACGCUCCCCAACGUGCUGGCCCUGCCCGUGGUGCUGCUGGCCCUCACGGCCUGGCUGCGGCAGAGCUGGGCCCGCUUCCUCCGGCUGUCGGCGCUGGCCAUCCUCGUCUUCAGAGCCGAGCUGAGCCUGCUCCUGGGUCUCGUGCUGCUGCUGCUCCUGGUCACCCGGCGGCUGUCCGUGGCCCGGACCCUGCGGUGUGCUGUGCCGGCCGGCGUGCUCUGCCUCGGCCUGACGGUCGCUGUGGACUCCUACUUUUGGCGCUACCUCGUGUGGCCUGAAGGAACAGUGCUUUGGUAUAACACCAUCCAGAACAAAAGCUCCAACUGGGGAACCUCACCCCUGCUCUGGUACUUCUCCUCGGCCCUGCCCCGUGGCCUGGGCUGCAGCCUGCUCUUCGUGCCCCUGGGCCUGGGGGACAGGAGGGCCCGGGUGCUGCUUCUGCCGGGGCUGGGCUUCGUGGCCCUGUACUCGCUGCUGCCCCACAAGGAGCUGCGUUUCAUCCUCUACGCCUUCCCGCUGCUCAACGCUGUGGCCGCCCGGGGCUGUGCCCACCUGCUGAACAAUUCCCGGAAGUCUUGGCUGUAUAGAGCAGGGUCCCUGCUUGUGAUGGGGCACCUCGUGGUGAACGCCGCAUACUCGGCCACUGCCCUGUACGUGUCCCACUUCAACUACCCCGGUGGCGUGGCCAUGCAGAGGCUGCACGAGCUGGUGCCCCCCCAGACAGAUGUCGUUCUGCACAUUGACUCGGCGGCUGCACAGACAGGUGUGUCUCGGUUCUUGGAAGUCAACGGGGCCUGGAGAUACGAGAAGAGAGAGGACAUGCAGCCCGGCUCGGAGGGCAUGCUAGUCUACACGCACCUGCUCAUGGAGGCGGCCCCUGGGCACCUGGCCCUCUACAGGGACACACACCGGGUGCUGGCCAGCGUUGCGGGCACCACUGGGGUGAGUCUGAACCUGACCAGGCUGCCUCCCUUCGACGUCAACAUGCAGACCAAGCUGGUGCUUCUGGAGAGACUCCUCAGGCCUUCCUGAGCAGGAGUGGGUCCGCCAAGAACGAGGGACAAUGCGGACGAGCCGCAGAACCAUGACGCGCCCCCAGGGGGCCUGAGUUGCAGGCUGGGCCCACCCACAGCCACAUGUGGGCGGCGGCCAGCGCACCCCUGGGAACAUCGGCUCCACCUGCAUCCUGAGCUGCGGGGUGAGCCUCUGGUCACAGGCACGCGUCCCCAUUUCAGGUGAAAUUUAUGAGAUACACAUGUUCAAAAAGGAAUGAGGAUUAAAGUUUGUAAAUCUGUUCUUAUUAGCAAUCUUAUGGAAUGCAGUACUUCCAGAGUGC